AUGCACAGUGUAACAGGGCGACAGUGGACCCGAACAUGGGCGAUAUGUUGUCUCCUCGCCAGCCACCUGUUAACUUGCGUAGAGUCCCUCACAGGCAGAGAUGUGUGGACCAAAACAGCUUGUGCUGGAGAAUGUAAUGACAAUUACUCUCUUGAAUGUCCCUACCAACAGAAAAUUGCCAUCAAAGAUCUGCAUUACUACUCCAAGCCUUUGACUUCAGAAUGUCCGAGCACAGCCUGUCAGAACCUUGACAAAUGUUGCAGAUACGAUCCAUAUGACUGUAGAGUGCCAUUUUCAGAGUCCAAGGCAUAUGAUGUGUACAAGCGUUGUUCUGGGAUGCAGCGGUGUGGCUGGCUACAUGCCGAUAGGAUGCCCUACUACUGUAACAGUAGGAACCACACCAACUAUGUCCGUGCCUCCUACAAAUGUGUUGAUGAUUCCUCCUUCCUAGACAUCUGUUCUAAUCAGUCUCUUGAAGGAGACACCAUCAACUUGAUAUUUAAUGGAACUCAUAUGGAAACCUCUAACCGUCAGUCCAACCGCUGUGUGUGUAUUCUGUCUACUUCUAACUGUGAUUCCAUUGCAAAGCUUCACUUCCGCACAGUUGAUGUGCGACUUCACGAGGCCAGCAACAUCUCAAAGUGUCAUCCCCAUGCCAAGUUUACCAUCACCGAUACAAAUGGGCCUCGUGACUACAAAUGUCAGACAAACCAUUUUUACCGACAGUUCAUGGACAUAUACUACAGUUCAUCCUCUUAUGCUCGCAUGUCUAUGUACUACGAACCAGGCGUGUACCCAGCCCAGGUUUGGCUGCAGGUCAAAGCAACCUUACCAGGCCAAAAAGUGGUAAUUUCAUGUGGGAAGAAGAGUGCUGAAAAUCCACGAUUUUGUGGUCCAAUUGAAAUGAUACCAACUACUCCUAAAACAUACAAUCCAUCAGCCACAGUUAGUGAAGAUGACAUCUUUGAAGGGAAUGGAGAACAUACACAGGGUCCCCUUCCAGCCAACAAUGAUGGGGGUGGAGCCCAGUCUAAAGAUCAUACCGAGUGGCCAGCUAUCAUAGGAGGGGCUGCAGCAGGGGCUAUUGUUCUCCUUCUACUUAUCAUUCUCAUCUGUAUCAUCCGGCGGAGACAAUCAAGAAAACGGAGAAAAGCCAAGGAAAAUGAUGAGGAGACACGGAGAGUCCUGACGGGUGGAAGCAUACCACCACCUCUUCCCCUGGCAGAUAGGUACGAAGCACAUGAGGGAAACUAUUAUGAAACAGUAGGGGCUACCAAUGGUAAGCCUUCUGGGGACACAGGCAGUAUCAUAAGUCCAGGAAAAAUCAUGGAAACUUUUACACCUGGAAAGAAACAAAGCGGACAAUUUUUUCCUCCUGAUGUUAAACAACCACCUCCCCUGCCAACUCCGAAGGUAAACAAAAAAUCUCCAGAAUUUGAGGCAAAUCCUUACCAUAUGCCGUGGGAUAACGGUAACUUUUCAAUGAAUCGAGCUGAACAAAGGGAUCUUGCGUAUGCAACAAGUGAUGAGAUACAGGUACUGAUCCAGCGGAUGGAGCAGGAUCGUCGUUGUCUCAAUGAGGGUGUGAAGGAAGAGGAACAGGUCGUACCCAACCCUAAUUUCUAUAUUCAUAUAGAUGACUACAAGAUUAAACAGAAUCCACAUAAACCUGUAGGGCAUGGUGAGGAUCAUACUGAGGAGGGGGCAGGUGCUAAUCCAAGGAAUUACGAGGACAUUCAAGUGGAAUCAGACGAGGAUACAACUAACUUAGCCUGCGAAAACCAUGGCAGGGUAAAAGUGAAUGUGUUGAAGGAAUCAUCUAAUGAAAACUGUUGUGAAAGUGAGGACACAGGUUACCGGUCAGUAGGAAGCCCUGAUCAGGUAAUGGUCUCUGAGGAUGAUUACCUCAUACCAGGCUCAAUCAAGUCAUCCCUGUCUGACGGCAGUAAAACUGGAACACUGCCAAAAACAGAGGAGGACACAGAAACCCUCACAAAUCCCCGCCAGUCUGAUGUUUUUGAGGCAGACAAUGAAGCAGAUGAAACCAGCACGAAGUUUUGA